UGGAUGUUACAACGAAUCCUGUUAACUUCAGCUUCAGGAUUCUCUGACUCCUGGAGUCUGUGGUCUGUGGUCAGUGUGUGACACAACGCUGGACAGUGAAGAUGGCCGUGGUGCGACAGCCCAAGGUGGAGAUGACGCUGCUGGUGGGGUUAGAAGGUCACAGGGACUGGUCGUCUGGACUUGGCUCCUGCCUUGAGGACUGCAGCUCUGCAUGUUUCACCUGUUGGUGCAUGCCGUGCAUGCUGUGCAAGCUCGCCAGUCGCAUGAAGGAGUGCUUUAUCCUUCCCUGCAUGCUGCCCUGCACCUUCCUCGCCAUGAGGACAAAACUCAGGACCAUGGGGGACAUCAAGGGGAGUAUCUGCAAGGACUACUGUGCUGUCACCUGCUGUACCAUGUGUACCAUGUGUCAGAUGGCCCGGGAGAUGAACUACAUGGGGCUGUAGUCACGUGGUCAGCGUCCCGUGCAACGAUUGGUCAACUGUUGGCGCCUGCUGUCUUGCCAACAAUUGUCUUCUUCUUGUCUCCAAGUAUUUAUGGGAGAUGUGAAUCGUAUUUCUUCAAACUGACAAAUAAAUACUAACUCCUGUAAAGACCACUCAGCUCUGACAUUUACAUUUCUAAAUUCUGACUGUAGUAUACUCACGCUGUACAUUAAAUAAUUUAUUAAAUAAUUUAUAUCGAAAUCUCAAGACGUUAAACUGUAGUUUAGUAAAAGACUUUCAAAAUCUACAAUAUUUCAAAUAGCGUUUUGGAGCUUUUGAUUAAUCAACAUAUAUAACAUAUAUGUAUAUCAACAUAGUUGUUUUUUUUAAAGAAGUCUCUGGAAGCUAAAAAUGCUGUUUAAUGAAAAAAAAAAUUUCAUUUUUUCCUCUUAGAAUUUUAUUUUCUAAAUUCAGAUUAAAACAAAUGCCGUUAUA